GGGACGAGCUGUGGUUUAUCGAGUUCGGCCGCGGGGCGGCGCUGCCGUUGACUCCUGAGGAAGCCCCGGCGGACGGUGAACCCAUGGUACCGUGCGCCCAGGGCCGUGUAGUGGUGGAAACAGCGCGACCAGCGCUACCAUACUUCGCCACGUGCACCAGAUACCGUCGACAGGUGACAAUUACCAGCAUGCCGAACGAGAUAGCUGCAAGUGUUUCUGGAACGUCGUCCAGUACUACGCAGACAGACCAGCUCACCGGUUAUAGCAGCAACAGAGGCGCCAUCAGCAAGAACAUGUUUCCGGCUCAGAGUACUGCGGCCAGGCCAGAAGAUCUCGGUGUAACGCCCUGGUAUCUGGAGGAUUACCCUACCAUCGACUCCUCGCCUAUGGGCGAUCGGGGCUCGUACCCCUCGUACUCGCAUAUGGACACGGAAAUGAAGCCGGAAGCGACGUCUACGAGGAACAGCAGCAUCGACAGCGAGCUACCACGACCGGCUCCAGUCAGCGCCGCGCCCAGAAAGGCGUAUAUGGACCUGAGAGAUGCCAUCGCUCUGCUGGACGAAACCUGCCCGAAUCAGGAACCCAGUCCGUCCCUCACGCCAAGAACACCGAGAACCCCAUUAACGCCUCAUCCGCGAAACAAGAGAGCAAGAUCUAAAAGUAGUGAUAACUCCUCAAGUUAUAGCAACGAACGGCUAAAUGAUCGAUCGUUCGAGAAAGAAAGCAAAGAGAAAAAGCGUCCCUUUCUGAAGAAGAUCGGCAUCUCAAAGACGGAGGACAAGCCAUUCCUGGCAAAAUUGGCACCUAAGAUUAUCGGGAAACCUUACUUAGAGAAAAUCGGGCCUAGCAAGGCGGUGGAGAAACCUUUCUUGGAUAAGAUCGGCUCGUCGAAAACGUUGGACAAGUUUAUAUUCGACACCCCGCGUUAUGAGAAAAAGAGUGCUAAAACUGAAACGUAUAAAGAGGAAAUGAUAAAGAAGAGUGUAGAUAAAGAAAUGGUGAAGAAAUCUGAAGAACGACGAAUUCAGAAGAGUAUCAGAAUGGAGCAGUCAUUUGAUGUUCAACGGAGGAAAUCCGGUAAGGGUCCUUUGUUGAAGAUGUAUUCCUUUGAAACUGAGGACCUAGAAUCAACUGUCCAAGUAAAGGAACAUCGAGAUCCCCUUCGAGGUGCUUCCUUGGAUGAUGUUCUAGACUCUGGGCCUAGUUCUUUACCACUGGAAACCACCACGACUGACGAGUCGCCUAGACCAGAAUCAAAGGAACGAGCCACCAACGGUGCUGAAUUGUUAAAGUGUCGUGUUACAACUAGCGAGGAGAUCAUUUUUACCAACACAAGUUUCGGUUCUGACAAGGAGCCUAAUAGCUGGGGCAACUCACCGAAAAAAAAGUGGCUACUGAAAAGAGACACAUCGAUGCCAAGAACGCCCACGCAUCGCAAGGUUAUUCAAAGUUCUCAGAACGUUGAACAGGCUCAAGACAGCGUUCCCAAUUCGCCAAUGAAACGUCCAAUCUCUUCCGUUCUGCCAAGUCAGGAUGAUUCACAAGCUGACUCCUCAGAAAAAAAUGUUUAUUCUCCAAUGAAGACUAGAAGGCAAACUUAUGAAGACCUGCUGGACAGAAAUGACAAAAAUCAUGAUGAAAAACCGAGUAAGCAGGCACAGUUUGAGAGGCGUGGCAUUUCCUCGGACAAUCUCUUGUCCAAGGAUCGUUCCAUUGCCUCAAUUAGGUACCAAGGGAGAGACCAGGUUGAGAAAACGAGAGAAGCAACGUCGGAAGAUUCUCUAGCGCAUAAAACGAGUCACGAAUACACUCGGGAAACAUUCAAACAACUUCAAGAUAAAUUUAGAUACCAUGAAAUUCCUACUGAAACAUAUGCAGAUUUCAAAAGACGCACAAGGGGUAAUGUUCAGAGUAUAAUUGGACGGCAACAGGAUAAACUGAAGGCGAAUAAUAUUAUACCGGAUACGUGUGAUGAAAGUUCUAAAGAUUCGAAAUCACAGACAGAAGAAACGCCAACGUCGGUCAGUUCAACUCCUGCUAAGAUGGAAACAGAUUCGUCCUCUGAUGGCAAGAACGAAGUGGUACGAAUUCAAGGAGGUACAGUUAGAUCUGUAUUGAAGAAGCAGCAGGGAAUUGACCAUGCUAGUGAUCAAGAAUUAGAUACUAAUUCAUCUAUAAGGCGACCAAAGAGAAGAAUCUUCCACGAACCGUCCCAGGAAACAAUGGAUUUGUUGACUGAGCUGAGGAAGGUGAAGAGUUUGCUAAAGACUCCGUCGUGGGAGAAGGAUCUUGAAUUGGAUAAAAAACCAGUUAGACAGCCUAAGCGUAUUUUGCUAACUGACAAGGAAUUCUGUCUGUCUGUUGAACGAGAAAAUAGUAUUCGCCGUCCAUCAAAGGUAAUCAAUUCGUUGGAGAAAACAGAGGAAGGACAGUCUGAUGGAGUCCAAGACGAAGAUAAGGAAGAAGAAAAGAAGGAAACGGAAAUUGAAGAAUCUAACGGUAAAAUUCCUGGUCCAGCACUAUUUGAGAAGAAGUGCUUAUCAUUAGACUAUGCUGAUGACGAGAAGCCACAAAAACCAGAAGCUAGAGCCAUUUCUUUGGCCUCUACCAGGAAUUUACCGUCAGAGGCUGAGGAAACGAUCGAUUACUCGGAUCUAGCAUUGAUAUGUGACUCAAAGAGUUAUUCGUCUGACGUAUUCAACACCCCAUCAGAUGAAACUAAUCAGAGAGAACGUGGUAUUGACUUGGAGAAAAACGAUCCGAAGGGAAUGAGUCAGAAUCAUUGUGCUGAAGUCGAUAUUGCUAUUCCUAUUGACCAAAAGGCGAGCAGUCCAAAAGGUAGAGUUCAGAUUCAGGGAAGGACUAGCGAUCUUUAUGAGAUUAUAUCCCCUAGAUCAACGCCUUUUCGAGUGAAAAAAAGACUCGGAAAGAUCUCUGUCGAAGAGACGGUCAAGCCGGAGAGUUUCACCCUAGGUUCUAAGGUCGACUGCCGAUCCACCGUUGCCCAGAAACGGACGAAGUGCUUCCCUUUAUAACGCACGCCGACCUGCCAGUGGGCGAAACGCUCUCUGACGACGUUCUAUAUUUGCGUUCACUCUGAAGAAAAUAUGAGGUGAAAAUAAUGGCACAACUAUUGGUCAUAUUGUUUAACUCUUCUGGUGGUUAUAGGUUAAGGUGACCAAUGAAUUGGGAAUAUAUAAUUUAUGUCAUAUUUGUUUCACAUGUGGUUAUAAUUUAUUUCAAAUCUGUUAACCACUAAUGGUCUCUCACAUAAUUGGAGCUUUUCUCUGUCUGAAAUUAUUUAUGAUAAUUACUUGCCCUGCAACAUAUUUUUAAAUAUAUUUAUUUCGAUAUUAUUCUUAUAAUUAAAAUAUUAAAUAGUCAAUAUCAGGGGAGUUAACAUAACCUGGUUUACUGCCACGCCUUUAUCUUCGCCUUCAAUUUCUAUCAGAGCGAAAAUGACAACCAAUAUUCACAGUUGCUCUUGGGGAUAAUCAUGCAUAUUUCAAUUGAACACUCUUCUUUAUCGACAAAUGCAAUCAAAACGCUAUAGGAAGAAUAAUAUUUCUUUAUCAAAUUGGGAUAAAAAUUUAUCUGAAUUUUCAAUUUUCAAUUUACAAAUUUAUGGUUCGGAGCGUACGUUUCCUCCAAGACUCCAGCAAUUUACCAUAUUCUAAAGAGUGAAGACAAGGUUUCCCCAAACUCAAGAGUCGUCAGUGCUUCACACUCACAUGGAUAAUAUUCUAAAACGCAUCCCGACCACUUUUUACCCGACGUUUCGCGAUAGGAAACGGCUCGAAGAAGCUCGACAGAUCGACGCGAAUUUUCCACACGGUGUAUUAUAUCCAAACAUCCAACAACGACGAAACGGUGUCGCGCGCACACUUCCGCCUGUCGAGCAGUGCCUUGUUCGUGGAUAUAUUUAUUUAGACAAAAUGAGAAAAACCAAAAAAACGGAGAAAAUUAAGCGAAAAAAUACGAAAAAUCCUAUCGAAUGAUACUUAAGUAAAAAUGAAAUAAAAAAAUUAAAAAAAAUAUAUUCCGACUGCGGGCCGGAUUUUCUGAAUGGGUCCACGGAGUUGCGCUUUCAAUCACGCGAAUCACAAAUGUUCUUCGAUGGUCUUCUGAUAAAAGGAAAGUGUCAUCGAGCUUCGAAAAUCGACAAGACAUGUAUAUCUACAAAACCAGAAUAACAUAACGCGCAUUUUUACUCGUUCCACACUCUGCGAUCCGCCAUUUGCCUACGUCUACGUCCUAAAACGCAGUGGCAUCAUCUAUCGUCCCUUUUGGAGACCCCCUUUUCCAUGUUUCACACUGUUUUACCUACAAGACGGACUCGAAUGAUAAGCACACAUGGAGCAAACAAGACGAUCGUGAACGAAAGAGACUAAAAAAGACUCGCGAGAGAGUGCAACUCCCACGCUUGCCAAGCCUAUUCUCUGUUCGGCGAAGCGCGUGACGUUUUAACGACACAAAAACGUAAUAUAUUAUAUUGUAUCGGAGAAUAACAGAUUGUUACGUUCCUCUUAUAAUUUUCUAGAGGUAGAUAGGAUCGAUAAACACACUCAAUGGAAUAAUAUGGAAAGUAAAGG